AUGGACUUGAAUUCCCUAAGAAAAAAACAGAAAAAGGCACCAGAUGGACUCCUCGAGAUCACCCAGAAGCUCCAAGCACCACCAUUCGCGCUCAAGGUCACGCUCCAGGGACAGAAAAAGGAACAGGAAGCACAGGCGGAGUCGCAGUCGGAGCAAAGAGAGAGCAACUUGUUGUUAAAACAGGCACGGAAGCGAGAGCCAGAGAAGAUGUCCAAAUCGCACAAGCCGGCGGACGAACGCCACGACAGGCUCUCGGCCGACGAUGGCGAUGAGCGCUCGCGCCGCAGAGAGCGGAAGUCCCCUGCCGGCUCCUCUCGAGAGCGGCGGCGCAGCAGCAGGAGUCGAGACAGGCGACGCUCCUCACGAUCACACAGUCGUGACAGGAAAAGGAGGGCCCGUUCGCGCUCCAGGUCCAGGUCUAGGUCCAAACAUCGCCAUCGUAGCAGGAGCCGCAGCAGGAGCCGUAGCAGAAGCAGGGAGCGAAAGAAAAAGAGUGAAAAGGUACGCAAAAGGAGUCGGAGUGGCUCCGCCGAUUUGCCCGUCUUCAGGGGGAGAAACACGGCCAUGGACGCGCAAGAGGCCCUCGCCCGAAGGUUAGAGCGAGCCAAAAAGUUCCAGGAACAGAAGGAGAAGGAGUUGCUGGAAAAAAGUCAGCAAGACAUUAUCGGAGCGAGCUCUCCGGCGGCCGCCCCGAAUACCAUCUCGACGGCCACAGCCGCCGCCUCCAACCACGCCCUCAACGUGGCGGCUCUGCUGGCGUCAGGCACGCAGGUGACGCCGCAGAUCGCCAUGGCGGCGCAGAUGGCGGCCUUGCAGGCCAGGACAUUGGCCGAGACGGGCGUGGCCGUGCCCAGCUACUACAACCCGUCCGCCGUCAACCCCUCCAAGUUCGCCGAACAAGAGAAGAAGCGCAAGAAGCUGUGGCAGGGCAAGAAGGACGGGGACAAAUCCCAGACGGCAGAGUUGUGGGAGAGUCUCAACUUUGGCAACAAGGACCAAAAUGUGAAAUUUCGCAAACUGAUGGGCAUCAAGGAUGACGAGGAGGGGGAAGCAUCGAAAGCGCCAAAUGACGAAGGGCUGAAGACCCUCCAGAAGCAGGAGGAGAUGUUCCGCAACCUUGACGUCCAGUACGAGAUGGCUCGAUCGCAGACGCACACACAGCGCGGCAUGGGCCUGGGCUUUUCCUCCGCUUUUUCCCGUGGAAUGGAUUCCGUCUAGGACGAAGAUGACCGACAGCUGCUGCUAGUAGUAUUUUUUUUUUUUUUUUAAACACGUGAAAAGUGAAACUACUCAUUUUCAGUUCAUCCUGCAAUUUGGUUCGUUUGCUGGACACUUUUUAGGAGUCGUGUUUGCAACAACACCAAAAAAAUAAUGACUCCAACCUCAUAAUGAAUUGUUGAAAAAGUCCAAAAUGUUUGAAUCUCCAAUUUCCAUUGUUUUAGUUUGGUAGAAUAAAUGUCUUCCAGGCCUGUUUUACGGGAUGACAAAUAAAUGACUGUCAAAAAAAAAGAACGAAACCAACAAUUGUCUUUUUCCAGCAACCACAGACAAUAAUACACUGUAAAAAAUUGCUGUAAAUUUACGGCCAAUUUUGAACACUUAAAUACCGUUUUUGUGUUAAACAGUUUAUUACUGUAGUUAGCAUUGCAUUGUGGGUUACCAACAUUAAAGCAACAAGACUAAUGCUGUAAACGGUAUGUUAAUGUUUCAAUUACAUGACACUACAGUAUUUUUUGGAAACUGAGUUUUGACUGGAAAUUUGGAGCAUGCUCAGAAAUCUGACAUCUUUUACAUUGUGGCAAUAUAGACUGUUUUAUGCCAAAAUUAAAAUAAAUACAUUAAAAUAACUAGA